AUGGGGAGAACAUGCUUGGGCGGCUGCGUGGUUGCUGUGCUGUUGUGGAGUCUGGCCUCUGCGCAAAUACGAUAUUCGGUCUCCGAGGAGGUUAACGAAGGGACUGUGGUUGGGAAUGUUGCAAAAGAUCUGGGAUUAGAUAAAAGCGCGCUGAAAGACAGGAAGUAUCGGAUCGUUUCCAGUGGCGCGGAUCCUCUUUUCCAUGUAAAUCAGAACGAUGGCGUCCUGUAUGUGAGCCGAAAGAUUGACAGAGAAGAGGUGUGCGCACAGAGCAAUGUGAAUGACAACAGUCCAGAGUUUUCUCUGAGCCCCUAUACUUUCUAUGUCCCUGAAGCUAAUAAGCCAGGUGCCUCUGUGUUCUCUGUUAAAGCUUUUGAUGCAGAUGAGAAUGACAAUGCAAUGAUUUCAUAUCAUAUAUUCAGACAAGGGAGCGAAGACAAUAAAGUGACUUCAUUUCUAAGCAUCAACUCUCAAAACGGAGACAUUACGGCGCUAAAAAGUUUUGACUUUGAGACUCUGAAAACUUUCCACUUCCACGUGGUCGCGUCAGACUCGGGAACUCCGUCACUCAGCAGCAACGUCACAGUGCACGUGUUCAUUCUGGAUCAGAACGACAACGCUCCAGUCAUCCUGUAUCCAGUCAGCUCGAACGGUUCUGCUGAAGGUGUGGAGGAGAUUCCCCGCAACGUGAACGCAGGACACUUGGUGACUAAAGUCAGAGCCUACGACGCCGAUAUAGGAUAUAACGGCUGGUUACUGUUUUCACUGCAGGAAGUUACCGACCACAGUCUCUUUGGUCUGGACCGCUACACGGGACAGAUCAGGACACUUCGCUCAUUCACAGAGACAGACGAGGCUGAGCAUAGACUGGUCAUACUGGUGAAAGACAAUGGGAACGUUUCACUCUCAGCAACGGCUACUGUGAUGGUCAAACUUGUGGAGCCCAAAGAGGCUUUUGCAGCUUCUGACGUUAAAAGUUCGGCAAAAGCAGAUGAGGAGAAUAAUGUGACUUUUUACCUGAUGAUAACUUUGGGCUCAGUUUCGGCUCUUUUUCUCAUCAGCAUCAUUGUGCUGAUUGCGAUGCAGUGCUCCAAACCCACAGACUGUACUUCCAAAUAUCUGCAAGAGACGAAUUAUGACGGGACUCUGUGUCACAGCAUCCAGUACAGAUCUGGAGACAAACGGUACAUGUUAGUUGGACCCAGGAUGAGUAUAGGAUCUACUAUAGUCCCAGGAAGCCAUGCCAAUACACUGGUGCUUCCUGACAGGAGAGGAGCAUCUGGAGAGAACGAUGGCGUCCUGUAUGUGAGCCGAAAGAUUGACAGAGAAGAGGUGUGCGAGCGGACCAGCACAUGUUUGAUGAAUCUAAAAACCGUGCUAGAAAACCCACUGGAGGUGCACUAUGUAGGGGUGGAGGUGCUGGAUAUAAAUGAUCAUUCUCCAACUUUCCCAGAGAGCCAGACAACACAAGGGAGCGAAGACAAUAAAGUUACUUCAUUUCUAAGCAUCAACUCUGAAAACGGAGACAUUACGGCGCUGAAAAGUUUUGACUUUGAGACGCUGAAAACUUUCCACUUCCACGUGGUCGCGUCAGACUCGGGAACUCCGUCACUCAGCAGCAACGUCACAGUGCACGUGUUCAUUCUGGAUCAGAACGACAACGCUCCAGUCAUCCUGUAUCCAGUCAGCUCGAACGGUUCUGCUGAAGGUGUGGAGGAGAUUCCCCGCAACGUGAACGCAGGACACUUGGUGACUAAAGUCAGAGCCUACGACGCCGAUAUAGGAUAUAACGGCUGGUUACUGUUUUCACUGCAGGAAGUUACCGACCACAGUCUCUUUGGUCUGGACCGCUACACGGGACAGAUCAGGACACUUCGCUCAUUCACAGAGACAGACGAGGCUGAGCAUAGACUGGUCAUACUGGUGAAAGACAAUGGGAACGUUUCACUCUCAGCAACGGCUACUGUGAUGGUCAAACUUGUGGAGCCCAAAGAGGCUUUUGCAGCUUCUGACGUGAAAAGUUCGGCAAAAGCAGAUGAGGAGAAUAAUGUGACUUUCUACCUGAUGAUAACUUUGGGCUCAGUUUCGGCUCUUUUUCUCAUCAGCAUCAUUGUGCUGAUUGCGAUGCAGUGCUCCAAACCCACAGACUGUACUUCUAAAUAUCUGCAAGAGACGAAUUAUGACGGGACUCUGUGUCACAGCAUCCAGUACAGAUCUGGAGACAAACGGUACAUGUUAGUUGGACCCAGGAUGAGUAUAGGAUCUACUAUAGUCCCAGGAAGCCAUGCCAAUACACUGGUGCUUCCUGACAGGAGAGGAGCAUCUGGAGAGUGUUUUCGUUGA